AAUGUUAGUUUGAUGCAGGUUUUUCUGUUUUAGUUAUAUGGCUAGAUUGCAGAAGCAGAAGCUACCACUAACGUUUAUUAUUUCAUCAAGAAACUCGGGAGACCGGUCCUUGUAUGGAAAAAUAGCUCUGUGGCAAGAGAGUCACUUGCCAGGAUUUAAAUGCUCCUCUGCCUGGAGGCUGGAAAACGCCUUCCGAAGUUUGAUUUGUGUGUCAUUAAAACGCAUGUAUGUAGUGAAGCAGUGUAUCCUCCAUUGUGUGCUACUCUUUUGUUAAGUAUAGUAAUUUGGAAGACCAUUCAGCCUUUUCAGCUUUCAAAUUUGAACUAGAACAGCAGGAUGGAGUGGGAUUUGCCUCUACCCUUUCGUAUGAGUGCUUGAGAUUUUCUGGCUUUUGAGCGGACAGUUCUAAAAAUAAUCCAUUUGCUGGUCGAGUUCCAUAUUAAGUUCCGGCUCAAUUCACAAAGAACAAAAAGGCAGGAGACCUGCUGUUGUACAGGGGUUUGGGGUAGGAUUGGGGUGAAAGACGCUCUCUUCUUCCACACGUUGCUUGGAGGAAUGGGGGAGCCGAAUGCAGAGGUCAAGUUGGUGAACGAAGAAACCGAGGCCAAGCCACAGCAGGCUCAUAAAAAUGGAAAGAAGGCAGAGGUUGGAGGGGGAACCUCGUUUUUCACCUGGUUCAUGGUUUUGGCUCUCUUGGGCGUCUGGACUUCUGUAGCUGUUGUGUAUUUUGACCUUGUUGACUAUCAAGGUGUAAUUGCCAAAGCAAAGGACUUGCGCUAUAAUCUUUCAGAGGUGUUACAAGGUAAACUCGUGUCCUAUGAUGCUGAUGGUGAUGGAGACUUUGAUGUGGAAGAUGCUAAAGUACUACUAGGGCUGAAAGACAAAUCCACCAUCGAGACCAGUGAAUCAUUUGAGGGAACCCCUGCUGAACCUGUGGAAGAAGCUCCUGAAUCUAUUGUGGAGGAAGAAAUCCAGGCCACUAAAGUUGAAGAAGCAGCUCAGCCACCACCGGAGCCAGAGGCUGUGGAAGAGGAGCCUGUUCCUGUGGAAGAAGAACCUCUGGAAGUAGACGAAGAGCCCACUUCUGUAGAAGAUGAAGUAGAUGAGGAGGAACCAGAGGUUGAAGAGGAGCAAGAAGUUCCUGAGGAAGAACCAGAAGUUGUUGAGGAAGAGGCUGAGGUUACAGAGACUUUUGAGGAGGCAGUGGAAGAGCCUGCAAAAGAAGAAGAGUUCAUACCGAUUGAGGAAGCGGCACAAGUGAAAGAAGCGGUUGAGGAAGAGGCUGCAUCAGUAGAAGAAGUAGUAGAAGAUGCACCACUGGAAGAGGCAGCAGCAGAAGUAGUUGAAGAGGUUGCACAGGUAGAAGAAGCAGUGGAGGUAGUGUUGGAGGAAGAGGCAGCAUCAGUGGAAGAGACAAUAGAAGAAGUAGAAGAGGAUGCACCAGUGGAAGAAACAUUAGAAGAAGCUGCACCAGUAGAAGCAGCUGUGGAGGAGCUUGAACAAGUAGAAGAAGCUGUGGAAGAGGUUGUACCAGUAGAAGAAGCAGUUGAGGAGCUUGAACCAGAAGAAGAAGCUGUGGAAGAGGUUGUACCAGUAGAAGAAGCAGUGGAAGAGGUUGUACCAGUAGAAGAAGCAGUUGAGGAGCUUGAACCAGAAGAAGAAGCAGUGGAAGAGGUUGUACCAGUAGAAGAAGCAGUUGAGGAGCUUGAACCAGAAGAAGAAGCAGUGGAAGAGGUUGUACCGGUAGAAGAAGCAGUUGAGGAGCUUGAACCAGUAGAGGAACCUGAACAAGUGGAGGAACCUGAAACAACAGAACCAGUGGAAGAUGUAGAAACACCUGAAGAGACAGUUGAGGAAUCAGUCUCUGUAGAAGAAACUGUAACAGAAGAAGUUAUAGAGGAAACAGAUGAGCCACUUCAGGAAGAUGAGGAAGUACAAGACUCCACAUUGGAGGAAACAGAACUUGAGGCAGAUGAUAUGGAAGAAGAAGAAGAAGAAGAGGAGGAUACAGCUGCUGAGGAAGAGCAGUCUGAGGAGGACGUAGCAGAGGAAAUUAACCAAACAGAAGAACAAAUUGAAGCAGAGCCCACAGAAACAUAAAACAUUAGGCAGUAUGUAAGAUACGGAGAGGACCAGCACCACAUGGCAUUCCACUGGAAGCGUGCAGCUGCCGAUUUCCCACCAUGGAGUAAAAAAAAAAAAGAGAAUGCUACUAUUUCCCUUUCAAUUUUUUUUUUUUUUUUUUUUUUUGACAUUCAAGCCUGCUUGUUAAUUGAUAAUGCAGUCUGUUUGUGUACAAUUAUUUAAAUGUUUGUCAACUUUUGUUUGGUGGUUUGACCCUUUCUCCCUUUCGAAUCCCUUUUUUGUAAUUACAGACAAAGCUUUUUUUCCUGUGCUCUAACAUAGAUGUGAAGUAGCCUUUUUUGAAUGAUCAUGGAUGAUAGUUCAGUUGUAGUUUCCUCUCCUGUGUGUACAAACACCUUCAUGUUGCUUUGUAGCUCAGAGAUCUUCACAUUCUACUCUGCACUGAAUUCUCCAGUGUUUCUCUCUUCAUCAAAUCUGACGUUCUGCUUUAAUGUGAAGGUACUAUGCAAAGCUGCACUGAUCUUUCGCUAUUUCUACCCUUAGGUUUUGUACUACCAAUAUGUAUUGAGUCUUAAUUUCCAAUGUUGCAUAUCAAGGACAAGUUUAUGCUGGCAGGUUAACCAAGCAAGUUGCUAUGUGAACUGUGUACGGAGUGAAUGGGCGUGCAUGUGCAUGUAUGUGUGUCUAUUUGAAAAUUCAUGUUUAACUAUGCGAAACAAUCAUUUGAGCCAUUUUUCUCACUA